AUGAAGAAAAGAAGUGAAUAUCUUCCUCCCGGACCUCCUGGCUGGCCUAUUGUGGGAAACCUUCUACAGCUGGGGAAAAACCCAAAUGAAUCAAUGUGGGCUCUUUCUCAGAAAUACGACCCUCUCAUGACUCUCUCUCUCGGCAUGAAAACUGCUGUGGUGGUUUCAUCCUCUGAAAUGGCAAAGGAGAUCUUCAAAACCCACGACAAAAGCUUUGCAGGACGGCCUGUGUUAGAAGCAGUCACGGUUCUUUCUCACCACAAAUCCUCAAUAGUGUUUGCUCAGUAUGGAGAUUACUGGAGGAAAUUGAGGCGAAUCGCCACCACAGAGCUUUUCUCUACCAGCAGACUCCAAGCGCUACAACAUCUCAGAAGAGAUCAAGGUCUCAAUCUCAUGAGCAGCGCCAUCUUCAGUAAGAACUUUUUCGAUCCCAACAAUCCAGACUCUGCAGAAUUGAGGAACACUUUUACUGAGUCGCUGAGGUUGGCCGGAAUACCCAAUUUGGCCGACUUUUAUCCAUUUUUGAGAUUCCUGGACCCUCAGGGCGUGAGCCGUGGUGUGACCGUCCAUAAUAAGCGACUACAUAAGUUGUUAGAUGUAUUCAUACAAGAUCGGCUGGCGGCGAGGAGGAGAGGCGUGGAUCUUCCCUAG